ACUGACAUCAUUCUGCUUACCGUGAUGGCAUAUGACCACUAUGUGGCCAUUUGUAAGCCCUUGCAUUAUACUACUAUCAUGAACUGGCAGGUUUGUGGCCUUUUAGUAGGAGUGUCAUGGGUGGGAGGAUUUAUUCAUGCAACCAUACAGAUUCUCUUCAUCAACAAAUUACCUUUCUGUGGCCCUAAUGUCAUACAUCACUUUAUGUGUGAUCUGAACCCUUUGCUUAAUCUUGCCUGCACUGAUACCAACACUCUAGGGCUCUUUGUUGCUGCCAACAGUGGGUUUAUCUGUCUGGUAAACUUUCUCCUCUUGAUUGGUUCCUAUGCAGUCAUUUUGCACUACUUUAAAACCCAGAGUUUGGAAGCUCAGCAAAAAGCUUUAUCAACCUGUGUCUCCCAUAUUACAGCAGUUGCAUUUUUCUUUUUACUCUGCAUAUUUGAGUACCUGAGACCAGCAACUAGUUUACCCAUUGAUAAAGCAGUUGCUGUAUUCUACACUAUGAUAACGCCCAUGUUAAAUCCCUUAAUCUAUACCUUGAGAAAUGACCAGAUGAAAAAUGCCAUUAGAAAAUUGUGUAGUAGGAAAGUGAUUUCAGGUGAUCAAUAA